UGUAAAAGGUGUACGUAUCCUCUUAUUUUCCAGUUUUUUAAUUAUUAUAUUUUUAGUUUUAGUUUAUAGUAUAGUUUUUUAUUUUAUCUACAACCAGGUGUUGAUGAUGUGGGGAAGCAGUCUGAUUUUGUUCUACUAUUUUGCCGUCCAGGUGACGUCACAAGAAAUUAAAGUGGAGUGCCGUGAAUUUCAUGAUUUCCCUCCUUACAGUAACAUCACUCCGUCUGUCCUGGCGGACCUGAAAGUGGAGCUAGUGACAGUGGGAGAAAAAGAUAUGAUGAACAUAAGCUGGGCAAUCAACAUUGAUGCGAGUAAUAAAUACCUGACAGGCAUCCGGAUCGUAAUUAUGGGGCAACCAACUUACCACUGUACAUACAAACCAGUUUUGGCCGAGGCAGGCAUCCGUGGAUCAGUGCAGAAAUGGUUUUAUUAUUUAGUCGAGGCGAGCUACGGCUUUAACAGCAUCCAAGCUGCCAGUCUGCCAUUUUCUCUGUCGGAGAGCGUCACCUCUUACAAGUUAGCCACAAUCACAAUUCCUCGCCCAACACGACGUGUUACAACAAAGCCUACUGCAGUUCCUACAAAAAACAGAAAAGACGAUGACCCUGGUAACGUCAACUUCACCAACAUAACGUUGGCCAUUUUUGCUGGACUGGCCGGUUUGAUGCUUCUGAGUUCCUGCUACAUAAUAUAUAAAAGAUGUGGCGCCAACGUUGCGAGCUCAUUGGGUUUCAAAAGGUUGGCUUCAUCUCCCAUGGCACCCGUCCCUGUCCUUGUGGUGUACCCUGCUGAGGAUUCAGCCUUCCAGCGGGCCGUGGUGGCCCUCGCGGAGUUCCUGCAGGGGUAUGGCGGAUGCAGUGUGGCUGUCGACAUGUGGCAGCAGAGGAAGAUUGCAGAGCUAGGGCCAAUGCGCUGGCUGGCAGAAAAGGCCAAAAAUGCACACCGAGUCCUCAUCGUCUGCCCAAAGUCCUCUUCACUGCCCAGCCACUAUCCUCCCAACCACACCUUUCCAGAGCCUUCAAUCCCAGCUUCAGCUCAUGACCUUUACCCCCUGAUUCUCAACAUGGUGGCAGGCCACGCAAAGAGUGCCAGCAACUUGGCUAAGUUCUGUGUGGUGCAGCUGGGCGAGCAGGACAAGAAACCUAGUGACCUUGCACUGGAACUGAGGGCCUGCAAGACUUUUCAUUUGAUGAAGGAUUUGAACAAGCUGUGCAGGAGUCUUCAUGCCGAGAGUAAGGAUGACAAGAAGAUAUCAGAUCUGAUCUUCAGACCGGAGAUUUCCUACAGUGAAAAGUGUACAGUGAAGUUAAGAGAAGCUGUAGAACAGCGAGGAGGACUUCAGCCAAACAUUUCCAGAAAGGCAGAACCAUUGGAAUCUCUGGCUACCAUUGUUUGAAAAUGUGUAAUGACAAUGUUUAGCUUGCUUGAUAAAAAGGUAGGUCAGAAUAGUUGAUAGCGAAUAGCUGAGUCUUUCAUUACGCUUUCUAAAGAGCAUUGACAUAUAUUCGUUUCAUUCUAUAGAUAGCAUAGACAUAUGCUAACCCAAACACUGGCUUGGACACCACAGGGUGGAUACUUGUCUCUAUUACUUUAAAAAAAAUAACAUCAUAGUUACCUGUUUAUAUUUUCUACCAAAAAAAUGCUGCGUGAGUGUUUCAUCUGUCAUCAUCAUCAUCAUCAUCAUCAUCAUCAUCAUCAUCAUCAUCAUGUUGACAUUGUAACCUGAUGAACACUAGCACAAAGAAAGAAAGAAAAAAAAUGCAUCAAAGACACAUUCUCUCAUCUCCUUUUAUGUAACAGAUUUAAGAAAUGUAUUUUUUGUGUUUUGUUCAUUUUAUUUACUUAAUCUGCAGUUCUUUAAUAGCUUAUUAAUAAAAGAAAGUGGUGGUUGUUUA